CGCUUUAAAAUGACGUCAUUCAAAAGCCAAGAAAAAUAGCUGCUCGAGUUUGAGGUGGGAAUACUUUGCUGUUGUAAACAGAAGCGCUAUAAACAGCGGUAGUGAAUACAGAAGAGAAUAAUAAACCUCCCAAACAUGUCUGUGAACUACGCGGCAGGGCUCUCGCCUUACGCGGACAAAGGUGUCUGCGGACUACCCGAGAAAUUUGACAGUCCGGAAGAGCUGACAGGCAAGGUUAAAAUCCUGACAGAGAUGAUAAAGAAGUGCGAGUUCCUCGUAGUGCACUCUGGAGCAGGAAUCAGCACCGCCUCGGGUAUCCCAGACUUCAGAGGGCCAAAGGGCGUGUGGACCAUGGAGGAGAAGGGCGAGACGCCUAAGUUCGAUACCACGUUCGAGGACGCGCGGCCCAGCCUGACGCACAUGGCCCUCCUUGGCCUCUACAAGGCCGGCAUCCUUAAGUACCUCGUCAGCCAGAACGUGGACGGGCUGCACGUGAGAUCCGGCUUCCCCAGGGAUUCCUUGUCGGAGCUUCACGGAAACAUGUUUGUUGAAGACUGUGAGAAAUGUGGCAGGCAGUAUGUGAGGGAGAAGGUGAUCGGUGUGAUGGGCCUGAAGCCGACCGGGCGGUACUGUGACGUGGUCCGCUCCAGGGGUCUCCGUGCCUGCCGGGGGAAGCUGAUCAGCACCAUACUGGACUGGGAAGAGGCCCUUCCCAUCAAAGACCUGACCAGAGCUGAGGCCGCCAGCAGACAAGCGGAUCUGGCCUUGACGCUGGGCACCUCCCUGCAGAUCAAGCCCAGCGGAGACCUGCCACUCCUCACCAAGAAGAAGGGCGGCCAGCUGGCGGUGGUCAACCUGCAGGCCACCAAACACGAUAAGCACGCUAACCUCCGUAUCCAUGGCUACGUCGACGAGGUCAUGAAACAGCUGAUGGAGGCCCUGGGAUUGGACAUUCCGAAGUGGGAGGGGCCGACGGUCUGCGAGAGCUUCACGGUGGCCAAACCCGAACCACCAGGCCAUCUUGCAGCACCCUGCAGGGUGACAGCGAAGAAAGAGGUGAAGGGCGUCAAGGAGGAGGAGGAGGAAGAGGUGGAGGAAGAGGUGAAGAAGGAGGGGAAGAAGAAGGGGCAGAGGAAGCGACCCCCGGCGCCGCCUACGAACGGGGAGGUAGACGAAGAGGCCGCUGUUGGUGUGAAGAAGGAGAGAGCCGAAUCUCCACCCGGGAUAAAAGAUGGGAAAUAGACACUGUUUUUAUCUGCUUUUAUCCAGAGGGUCCAACGGGAAAUUGGGCUGGUGAUGAGCUGUCCUAUGAGGCAAAGACUUUCUUUGUAUUGUUUUUACAUCCAGAACACUGUUCAUUUUCUUUGGUUAUUGCAAUUGCCCUAAAAUAACCUUGGACACAGAGUGGAACUGCAAACGAUCUCACCCAAUUAUACAGAGGCUUCACAAACCAAGUUCAAAACAAACCUGUUCAUUUACAAAAGAGAGGGCAGAGCUUUGCAUAAAGUGCCCUGAAGGUCUUGAUGGUUCCAUUACAAAGCUACAGGUAUUCAAGAGCCUUUUGGAUAGAACACUGUCCAAUGCCAAUGGUGAGGGUUUAUGGUUGGCUUUGUUUUCCUGCUCUCGUUCACAUGCUCAUGAUGAAGUACCUCAUCUUUGUGCUUCAAAUCAGGGGUAGCAUUAAUAAACGUAGUGAGAUGUCAGCUCAACCUUUGCUUUGAGCGGAUUUUCGUUGUAUAUUUAGUUAGAAUUGUAAUGUUUUAUUUGAUUGUUAAUGACAUUUAUUUUUUUAUCCAUGUGUACUUGUUAUGGAAACAGUCUUUGUCACUUAACUGGUUCCCUUGAAACCUUUUUUUAUUAUACGUGUCUCAGGAUAAAAGUAUAGUUCUUGAAUACGA